AAGCUGAACAGAGAAUCAUGAUAGUGGGACCUCGAUUGGUUGGGAAGAGCUCAUCUGGAAAUAGCAUCCUGGGUAAGAAAACCUUUGAGGCUGGACACACGACUUCACACAGUGUGAAAAGACAGGGUGACAUCACCGUAAGACAAGUCACAGUGGUGGACACACCCGGGUGGCAUGGGCGAUACUGCACUGAGGACACUCCUGAAGUAGUAAGAAUUGAGAUUACCCAAGGUGCAUCUCUUUGUGCUCCCGAGCCGCACGCUGUCCUCGUGGUCGUACGCUGUGACGAAACAUUCACAGGGACAGACAGGUCAAGAGCAGAAGAAAAACUGAAUCUGAUUGGUCGGUCAGUCUGGAGUCAAGCUAUAGUGUUGUUCACCUGGGGAGACAAGCUUGGCGACACAGCCAUCGAACUUCACAUCGAGAGAUGGCCUGCCCUUCAGUGGCUUGUCGAUAAAUGUAGCAACAGGUACCAUGUCUUUGAUAACACAAGCCCGGCUGGAGGCUCUCAGGUCACAGAACUUCUGGAGAAAAUUGAGGAGACAGUGAUGGGAAACGAUGGUGAACACUGGCUCAAAAUGUACUGGGAGCUCAGGGAGAGCAAAAAGAAGUUGACAAAAAGCUCUGAGGAGAUUGGGGGAAGACUAGAGGAGGAAGAGAGGGAGAAUGACAAGCUUAAAAGGAUGAUUGAAGAGGAAGAGAGGAAAGUAGAGGAAAUGGAUAAGCGAUAUGAGGAGAAAGCUGGAAUGUUGAAAGAGAUGGAGCAGAGAAACACAAUGAGAGAAAAGGAGAUAGAAGACAGACAUUUGGAGUAUGAAAGAGAGAAGGAAUCCCUCAAACAAAUGUGUGUGGAGAAAGACAGAGCAUUGGAUCAGAUGGAGAGGAAGCAUGAAAGAGAAAGUAAAGAACUGAGAGACAAUAUAGAAAACCUGGAAAAGAGAAAGUCUGAAAGAGAAGAGGAGUUGAAUGCCAUGAUUGUUGAGAUACAGAAGGAGUUACAAGAGAAUAAACAAAGGUAUGAAAUGAAAGAGGUGGAGAUAUCAAUGCUAGAGAGAGAUGUAGCGGAGCUUAAGCAGCAGAAUAAAGUGAGAGAAGACAUGAUCAACCAUGUGAAGAUUAAGGAGGAUCGAAUACAACUGCACAGAGUGGAAUCUACAGCACCCGCGGACAUGGUAGACAACUCUUAUCUAAAGACUCAACAUAGAAAUUUGAGAAAGACACAGAUGUUGUCACAGAAGGAUGGUGAGAGGCAGAGGAACACAGCAGGACGAGAGCAGAGAGUUGGAGAUGAACAGAGAGAAGCACCAUGGUUGAAGAUUGGGGCAGCAGUACUGGGGGCAGUGGUUGGGGCCAUGGCUGGCUCUGUGAGGUCACCACUAAGUGCAGCCACAGGGACUACUAUAGGGGCUGCAGCAGGGGUUCUGCUGGGGAGUUUACUGAUACAAGAGGAAGAGGCCAGAGAUAAUAAAGUGGUGUCUGAUUCCCCUGAAUGCCCCUAUUUAAUUAAACAUUAAAAUCAGGAUUGGUGGGUCCCCAGCGGGACAUUUGAGCUAACGUAGGCUAAUGCAAUUAGCAUGAGGUUGUAAGUAACAAGAACAUUUCCCAGGACAUAGACAUAUCUGAUAUUGGCAAAAAGCUUAAAUUCUUGUUAAUCUAACUGCACUGUCCAAUUUACAGUAGCUAUUACAGUGAAAGAAUACCAUGCUAUUGUUUGAGGAGAGUGCACAGUUUUGAACAUGAAAAGUUAUUAGUAAGCACAUAAGGCAUAUUUGAGCAGUCUUGAUACAACAUUUUGAACAGAAAUGCAAUGGUUCAUUGGAUCAGUCUAAAACUUUGCGCAUACACUGCUGCCAUCUAGUGGACAAAAUCUAAUUUGAACCUGGGCUGGAAUAAUACAUCAUGGCCUUUCUUUUGCAUUUCAAAGAUACAUUUCAAAGAUGGUACAUUUGUUUUUUAAACAGUUAGUUUCUUCUUUGUAUUGUCUUUUACCAGAUCUAAUGUGUUAUAUUCUCCUACAUCCCUUUAACAUUUCCACAAAUGUAAAAAUCUUACCUUUCAAAUGGUACCAAGAAUAUGCAUAUCCUUGCUUCAGGGCCUGAGCUACAGGCAGUUAGAUUUGUGUAUGUCAUUAUAGGCAAAAAUUGAAAAAAAGGCGGUCGAUCCUUAAGUUAACCAUUGAAACAAGCAUUUCGCUACACUUGCAUUAACAUCUGCUGACCAUGUGUAUGUGACCAGUACAAUUUGAUUUGAAUUGAACAGUUGACCCAGCACACUGUAGAAUCUGUUUGAGAAGCAGAAUAGUAGUUCUGAGACCGGUAAAAGGUAAAAGGAGCAACUAACGUCUUUGAAUGAGGUGAUAGUUUGCCCAAAUUACAUAUGGUUUCCUAAUUACCUUGGGUGACGUUCCAGAGCUUUUCCUAGACCGUGGCGCUAAGGUUAUCUUUCAUCAAAUGCCCACGUUUUUUUAUGAUUUUGUUUACCUGAUUUGUCGUAUACUUUUAUGUCUUUUGUAUUUAUACUGCUGCAAUCAAAUGACUCUAUAUUGAGACAGUAAAGAAUUCCUGUAUCUGAACUUGGUAUCUGAGUAUUGUUUUCACAGAGGCUUCGGAUGCAUAGCAAUAUGCCUGUAUUGACCAUUAUAAUGUAUAAUCAUCUAUAGAGGAUUGUAAUGGAUGGGGUAGGAAUAAAGAUGAUCAUCUCAGUUUCAA